CCUUCUCCCUCUCCCCCCCCCGCAGAGCACCCUGAGGGAUGCCCAAGAAGUUCCAGGGCGAGAACACCAAGGCGGCUGCUGCCCGCGCCAGGAAGGCCGAGGCGAAGGCAGCGGCCGAUGCCAAGCGGCAGCAGGAGCUGGAGGAUGCCCUGUGGAAGGAUGAGGACAAACACGUCCUGAGGAAGGAACAUAGGAAGGAAGAGAGGGAGAAGCGCCGGCUGGAGCAGCUGGAGCGCAAGAAGGAGAUGCAGCGUCUGCUGGAGGAGGAAGAUUCCAAGCUGAAAGGAAAGUCGCCUAAACCGCUCCCCCCCGGCAAGAUCACCCGGGCGCAGAUCGAGGAGACCCUCAGGAAAGACCAGCAACAGAAGGAGAACGGCGACGAAGUGGAGAAGCAGAAGAGUCACCUCGAUGUUCCUCUGGAGGAAAACAUCAACCGGCGAGUGCUGGAGGAAGGCACGGUGGAAGCCAGAACCAUUGAAGACGCGAUUGCAGUGCUCAGUGUUGCCGACGACCUGGACCGCCACCCGGAGCGCCGGAUGAAAGCUGCCUUCGCCGCGUUCGAGGAGGUCAGCCUGCCCCGCCUGAAGCAGGAGAACCCCAACAUGCGUCUCUCCCAGCUCAAGCAGCUCCUCAAGAAGGAGUGGAUGAGGUCCCCGGACAACCCAAUGAACCAGAGGCACAUGACCUACAACAGCCAAAAAUAGGACUGGAAGCAGCCUGCCCUCCCAGGACAGGGCUGAGCCCUCGGGCCUCCUUCAAACAAGUAAGAAAAAGACCCCCCCAACCCCCUCCUUGGAGCCGUGCCUCGUCUAUUCCCCUGCCCCCUCCAGCUCUCUGGCUCCCUGUUGUUGGACUGCUGAUUAAACGUGAGGCUUCCUGA